AACAAAGUAGUCUCCAAAUCAAGCAACAAGAUGACGAACCUUGAGUGGUUUACAAGAAUGCUACUUUCUGCCUGCCUCUUUGCACUUCUCUCCACCGCUGAAGCAAAUCAGGCAGAUAAUCUUCGCAACUUGCUCAAGUCCAGAUGGUCAGAGGAGCAUCCUCCACCACAUUCACGAGCUAAAAUACACAACACAGAAGCAUAUUCGUCAGUGUACAUUGGAGCACAACAUGGUUUGAUGGAAGCUGACAGGCUUGGUGCAUUGCCUGGCCAACCAGAUCACGUCAAUUUUAACCAUUAUGCAGGCUAUGUGACUGUUGAUCGUCUGGCAGGAAGAGCUCUUUUCUACUACUUUGUUGAGUCACCAGAGAACUCUUCAACCAACCCUUUGGUUCUAUGGCUGAAUGGAGGACCAGGGUGUUCUUCAUUCGGUUACGGAGCAAUGAUGGAACUAGGACCCUUCAGGGUAAUGAGUGAUGGCAAAACACUCUUCCUAAACAAUUAUUCAUGGAACAAAGUGGCAAAUGUAAUCUUCUUGGAGUCACCGGCUGGGGUAGGCUUUUCAUAUUCGAAUAUAUCCUCUGACUAUAAUUAUACAGGUGAUGCUGCCACCGCAUUUGAUUCCUACACGUUUCUUGUCAACUGGCUUGAAAGGUUCCCACACUAUAAAUCCCGAGAUUUAUACAUUACCGGAGAGAGCUAUGCGGGUCACUAUGUUCCUCAACUUGCAAAUGUGAUUCUGCUCAACAACCAAAACAAGAAAACAGUUAUUAAUCUUAGAGGCAUUGCGAUUGGGAAUGCAUUUAUUGAUGAUAAAGCAAAUAUGUUGGGGCAAUUUAAUUAUUACUGGACUCAUGCUUUGAACUCAGAUGAAACAUAUAAGGGCAUUUUCAAGAACUGUAACUUUGUGAACUGGACACUUUCUGAAAAAUGUUGGGAUUUCAUUGCUGAUUCUCGCUAUGAAAUUGGUAACAUAGAUGAUCACAACAUCUAUGCCCCCAUUUGCCAAAACUCUGAACGGAGUAUAGGCAAACCUGGUUCGGUUGAUAAUUUUGAUCCCUGCUCAGAAUCGUAUGUGGCUUCUUAUCUGAAUACCCCUGAGGUGCAAACAGCUUUCCAUGUAAAACCUACAACAUGGACUCAUUGCAGGCACUUCCAUAACUGGACUGAUAGUCCAACCACCGUCUUACCCCUCAUCAAGAGUCUAACGGAAAAGGGCUUAAGAGUUUGGCUUUACAGUGGCGACACAGAUGCAAAUGUACCUGUUACCUCAUCCAGAAGCUUGAUAAACACCUUAAAGCUUCCCAUCAAGACUGCCUGGCAUCCAUGGUACACUAAGAAUGAGGUUGGCGGGUAUGUGGUGGAAUAUAAAGGACUGACUUUUGCUACAGUCAGAGGAGCAGGACAUCUUGUUCCCAGCUACAAACCAGAGAGCGCACUUCAGAUGAUUUCCUCAUUUCUUCAAGGAAGGUUCCCUCCAAAAUGAUCCUCCAGCACUCACAUUCUUGAAAACAAAUAACAGAGAGAGAGAGAGAGAGAAUUUGAUGGAAGUCAUCAUAAUAGAGUUGCAAUGUCCCA